AUGCAGGUUCCUCUAUUUCGACUGCAAUGCGGUGUCAACUCGUAUGCUUGGGGAAAGAAGGGCAAUGACUCCGCUGCUGCGCAAUUCGCAGCCGCCACGCCAUCCGACGAGCUCAAGAUCGAGGCUGACACUCCAUACGCAGAGCUAUGGAUGGGAACCCACCCCUCAAACCCUUCUCGAGAUCUCAAAACCGGUCGAACCCUGCUUGAGCUUUUCCAAGACAACCAGGCCCUCCUCUCACAAACCAUUUCCUCCCACUAUGGCCACAAGCUUCCUUUCCUCUUCAAGGUUCUUUCUAUCGCAAAAGCCCUCUCGAUCCAGGCCCACCCCAACAAGAAGCUCGCCGAGCAGCUUCACGCUCGCGACUCCAAGAACUACCCCGAUGACAACCACAAGCCCGAGAUGGCCAUUGCCAUCACACCCUUCGAGGGUCUCUGCGGUUUCCGCCCACUGACCGAGAUUGUUCAUUUCCUUGACACUGUACCAGCGCUACGAGCCCUGGUGGGCGACGAUGCUGCCAAAGAGUUUGCGAAGGUUGCACAGGACGGCGAGGAGGGCGUAACUGAUGAGAAGAAGAAGCUCCUGAAGAAGGCUUUCGGAUCGCUCAUGUCUUCAUCGACGGAGGACAUUGCUGAGCAAAUGCCCAAGUUGGUCGAACAAGCCGAGAAGGAGGGCGUUGAUUUCGCUGGUGGCGGUGUUACUGCCACGUCUGGCGAGAAGCUUGCUGAACUCGUCAAGCGAACACACGGCGAGUUUGGUGACGACAUUGGAUGCUUUGUGCUCUUCUUCCUCAACUUUGUCACACUGGAGCCUGGCGAGGCCUUGUUCCUGGUCGCCGAUGACAUUCACGCUUACAUCUCUGGCGACAUCAUGGAGUGCAUGGCUGCCUCCGAUAACGUUGUUCGCGCUGGCUUCACCCCCAAGUUCAAGGAUGUCUCGACUCUUGUCGAUAUGUUGACCUACAACUUCGCGCCUAUUGAGGAGCAAAAGAUGACACCUACCGAAUACCCCUACGCGACACUCAACCGCACCGCUUAUAGUUCCGGCUCAGCAGUUCUGCUGUACGACCCUCCCAUCGAGGAGUUUAGUGUCGUGCGCACCCUCCUUCGGGGAGACGGCUCCAAGGCCACCUUUGAGCCCCUCGAAGGUCCUAGCAUUGUGAUCUGUACAAGCGGUCGCGGAAAGAUCUCGGUCGGCCCCACGAGUGCAGAGAUGCAAGCAGGGUAUGUGUAUUUCGUGGGUGCCACGGCUGAGGUUGUGCUUGAGUCCGAGGGUGAUGAGGAUGACGAGUUCACUACGUUCAAGGCGUUUUGCGAGAUCGAUGACUCGGACAAGCAGAAGCUAUAG